AUGUCUAAACGUAAAGAUAAUUCUGAAUUAUUUUCAAAGGAGAUUCCAGAAUUUACUAAUGAAUAUAGAAUUAAACGUAGAAAUAAUAGACAUAAACAAUAUGGAUUUGUAUCUAUAUUUUUAUACGACAAGCGUAUAAAUAAGUUUAUCUUUGAAUCACGCAGUCAGGGUAAUUCACAGUAUAAAUCUAAAAUUUCACCCAUUGGAGGAAAGCGAGAAAUGCAAUUUGAGAUUUCGAAGAAAGCGAUGGAUGGAUUAAAAACAGGCAAUGAGAUUCAGUUAAAAAUAAACAAUGAGGAUAUCGAGAAAGUAUUCGAUGCUCCAGACGGGUUUGAUAUCGAACAUGUUGUUAAAUUAAAGAAAUGGGAUACGAUUACUGGUGAUGAUUUACUAAUCUAUGAUAAACAAUACGAAAUGUUAUACAAACAGGAAGAUAUAUUUUUCGCUAUGUCAAGAGAAGUUCUUGAAGAAACAGUAUUAGAUAUCAAAAAGAUUUCCUGUGAGAUUAAAUACUUUGGGUUUGAUAAGAAGAUUUUUGAAACAGAUAGGAUAGUCACCUAUGUAUUUCUAAUUAUCUUUGAUAGUUAUGAUUUCAUUCCUUAUUCAAAGGAAAAGAAAAGAGGCAAUGAAGUGAUUGCUUUGAAUUCAUAUGAUAUCUUGAAAAGGAUAAGUGAUGACAAGGAUAAAGAGACAAAAUGUUUCACGCCAACUAUUGAGAAUGUAUUCGAAGAAGUGAACAGUUACUGUAAACUGAUCAAGAAUGAGAUUAUCUUAUUUGGUAGACCAUAUUCCGGAUUAUCAGAAGGUGUUAAGAUAUGCACUGCCUUUUUUAAGAGUAUUGAUCUCGAGGGUUUAGAGCCAGAUCAUCUCUCAAUCAGAGACUUAUACCCUGAUCACUAUCAUACCAGAGACGAAUCAAAAGAA